AUGCCAGCGCUCAAUAAUCAAACAUGUAGGUUCCACUCCCCAUUGAUCGCAGCGUGCUUAUGCACGCAACUUAUCCUUGGCCUUGCUGUAUGCAAGCACGGUGACACCAUCCCUGUCUCGGCGUUUCAGUCGCGCUGCCGCUGGGAUACCGUAACAGUCUACAACGACGUGGUCAGACCUUGCUCAGCUUCGGCGGCACCAGUGAAGUUGAUGGAUGGCUACGGACGGUGCAUACGGGGGCUGAUUGAGACGAUCAAAAGCCCUUGGCUGAAAACCAGGCGAUGCAGAGGCUGCUUCGUCAUUGACGCUGACAAGUGGCCUGUGCAGCGCCAAUGA